UUGAGUAGGGCGAACGAAUAUUCCAAUCGAAGAUCCCACCUCUCUGUCACGGUAACGGUGACGGUGACGGUGUUGGGAAUCAGAUCGUGAUCUUCAACUCCAUUGUUUAAAUACCCUUUUACAAACUCCCUUCUUCCUCAUCAACUCUAUACAUUAACCCCCCAUUCAUUCUCCUCCCUCCUUUUCCUUUAAUCUCUCUUACAAUGGCUUGCAAGACGGCGGUGCAGUUCUCCGACGUGCCUCUUCUCGAUCAGGUCAAUGACAACGCCGCCUCGUUGUCCCUUUACGCCACCCGUCUCCCCACCGGAUUGGAUGUGAGUAAUAACCGGAAAAGUUUGCCGAAAUUCAUGGUGGUUGGUCAUAGAGGUCAUGGCAUGAACGUCUUGGUUUCGCCUGAUAAGAGAAUGAACGCUUUUAAAGAGAAUUCGAUUCUUUCGUUCAAUAACGCUGCAAAUCAUCCUCUUGAUUUCAUCGAAUUCGACGUUCAGGUGACAAAAGACGACAUACCAAUCAUUUUCCACGAUAAUUUCAUCCUCUCUGAAGAGAAUGGUAUCGUAGUUGAGAAGAGGGUCACUGAUUUGACAGUUGAUGAGUUCUUUAGCUAUGGUCCUCAAAGAAUUGCAGGUGUGGUGGGUAAAACUUUGCUUAGAGAAUCCCAUGGACAGAUAGUCGGGUGGAAUGUUGAAACCGACGAUCAUUCUUGCACUUUACAAGAAGCUUUCGAAAAAGUUAACCGAUGUUUGGGAUUCAACAUUGAGUUGAAAUUCGAUGAUUACAUUGUCUAUGAAAAAGAGUAUCUCAUCAAAAUUCUUCAAAUCAUCAUGAAGGUGGUAUACGAAUACGCGCAAGAAAGACCUGUAAUGUUCUCAAGCUUCCAACCCGAUGUGGCCUUGAUCAUGAAGAAACUUCAAACUAAAUACCCAGUUUACUUCUUGACAAACGGAGGAACCGAGAUAUUCGAUGACGUUCGAAUGAAUUCGUUGGAAGAAGCCAAGAAGCUUGCAAUCAAUGGUGGAUUGGAUGGAAUCGUUUCCGAAGUAAAGGGUAUUUUCAGAAACCCUUCGGUUGUAAGAGAAAUCAAAGAAUCAAAUCUUUCUCUCUUGACUUACGGAAAAUUGAAUAAUGUUCCUGAAGCUGUUCAUGUUCAAUAUCUAAUGGGCGUUGAGGGUGUGAUUGUCGAUUUAGUUCAAGAAAUCACAACUUCGGUUGCAAAUAUAAAGACGACAAAAGCAUACAGCGAGAGCGAAAAGAAGAAGAAGCUGCUAAUCGAAGGGGAGGAAGGCGAAUUACAGGUGACGGAGAUCACCGACAAGAUUGAAUUGGCAUUCUUAUUAAACUUGAUUUCACAAGUGAUUCAACAUUGAGAUUUGAAAAACAAUUUGACAAUUAUGUAGAUUUGGGUCGGGUUAAUUGGGUAGUCCAUUUAUAAUUUUAGCUUUUGCCCUAGUCUUUAUUUUUUUCUUUGUUUUUUUGUUAAUAAUCUUUAAUGGAUAAGGGGAAAGGCUAUAAUAGGGAAUUGAGUUUGUAGGAUGACGAUGGUGUUGGGUUCAUGUAUGAUUCUCUUGGAUCUUCGAUUGGGGGUUCGGGAGGAUACCACCACGAUCAUUAAAAAUAUGGGUCGGGUCGUUCACACAAAUCGUGUCCCUAAAAAGAAAUUCAAGAUUGUGUACACUGAUUAUUAAUAUCAAUGCUUGAAUUACACAUUAUUUGAAAA